AUGGUGAUGUUAUUUAAUACUGAUUUAUCAGUUUGUGUUUCUCAGGCUGGCAGUGAUGGAGAAAGUAUUGGAAACUGUCCUUUUUCUCAAAGGCUUUUUAUGAUCCUGUGGCUGAAGGGAGUCGUGUUCAAGGUCACCACUGUCGACCUGAAAAGGAAACCAGCUGAUCUCCAUAAUCUGGCUCCCGGUACUCCUCCACCAUUCCUUACCUUCAGUGGCGAAGUGUGGACAGAUGUCAACAAAGUCGAGGAAUUCUUGGAAGAGAUGCUAGCGCCUCCCAAAUAUCCAAAACUGGCUGUGAAGAACAAGGAGUCCAACACGGCGGGAAAUGACAUCUUCGCAAAGUUCUCAGCCUACAUCAAGAACACAAAUACAGGAGCCAACGCAAGUCUGGAGAAGGGGCUACUGAAAGCUCUGAAGAAACUGGACAACUUCCUGAACUCCCCUCUACCGGACGAGAUUGAUGCCGAUAGUACGGAGGAGGAGAAGUGCUCCAACCGCAAGUACUUGGACGGCAAUGAAUUAACGCUCGCAGACUGCAACCUCCUCCCAAAACUGCACGUAGUGAAGGUGGUUUCUAAGAAAUACCGUAACUUUGAGAUCCCAUCAGAGUUGAGUGGGGUUUGGAGGUACCUGCAGAACGCCUAUGCCCAGGAUGAAUUCACCAACACCUGUGCGGCAGACAGAGAGAUUGAACUGGCCUAUCAGGACGUAGCCAAGCGGCUGGGCAAAUGAAAAUGCACUAAUCAGUGACUAAUAAUCAUAUGCAGAACUGCUAAAGUGGUGACCUUUCUCUUGGUGUCAAUGUCUCAUUUUCCUUCAGCAGUUAUUGAGCAGAAUUUGCCUUCUGGACAUUGACUCGGUCCUGUAAUACUCAUGCUUGUGUGUAGGCCUUCCCAUUGCCAUUAUGUUUACUGUCUGUCUGUAGUGACAUAAACUCCUCUAUUAGUGUCGCUAUCUAUGACGGUCUAGAAAAGAAAAAAACACUGUGCCACAGUAAAAUGAGCCUCAUUCUGCAGUUGAAUUUAUACAUCAUUAUACACUUUAUACAUCAAACAAAACCAUCAAACAAAAUAAGCACAUGUUUAGGUCUCAGGUAUC